AUGGUGGACCUCCUUUCGCGUAUAAGCAUAGCAGGUAAAAGAGGGCCGGGAGCCGGGACUGCUGGCUCAUUGGCCGGUUCUCCGGGACCUUUUCAUUCUCUUUUAUCUUCUCCGGAUGUUGGCUCUUGGGCCAACUCAGUUCCGGUCAACUGUCCUCGGGGUGAAUAUAACAGUUUCUUUGAAGAAGGGAAAGGCUGCUAUGCAGCAGAAGAAAUGCCAAAAAUCCUUUCGGAAUAUCGAGAAUGUUUAGAAAAUAAUGAUUGGAGCAG